UUCCUUUUGGAUAGGAGACCGGUCAUCGCUGCUCCAAGAAUAUCAUUAAGAACAAAUUUCCAAGACGAUGGCUCCUGUUUCACUGCCUCCUGGUUUUCGCUUCCAUCCAACAGAUGAAGAGCUCGUUGUUUAUUAUCUCAAGAGAAAGAUUAACGGCCGCAAGAUUGAAUUAGAGAUCAUCCCUGAGGUGGAUCUUUACAAGUGCGAGCCAUGGGACUUACCAGGAAAAUCAUUACUACCUAGCAAAGAUCUUGAAUGGUACUUUUUCAGUCCUCGAGAUCGUAAGUACCCUAACGGAUCAAGGACUAAUCGAGCAACAAAAUCUGGGUAUUGGAAAGCCACAGGGAAAGAUAGAAAAGUGAACUCUCAGAUGCGUGCUGUGGGAAUGAAAAAAACCCUAGUUUACUAUCGAGGGAGAGCACCGCAUGGUACUCGAACAGACUGGGUUAUGCAUGAAUAUCGUCUCGAUGAGAGAGAAUGUGAAACUCCUUCUGGCUUGCAGGAUGCCUACGCUCUUUGCCGUGUGUUUAAGAAAAGUGCAACUGGCCCCAAGAUUGGGGAGCAUUACCUUGCUACAACUGCGAAUCAGAUUACCAGUGAACAUUCCUCUAGCAUUGAAUUGUAUUCUGAGGGUAGGUGUGACGAGAGUUCAGAUUUUGCAAUACCGCUGGAUACAUGUUCUCCCAGUAUUCUCAAUAGAUCAGCUAUUGACAUUUGUGAAGCAAGGGAUGCGAAAUGGAUGCAAUCCUUGUCAGAAGAUGCAUUUGGAUUAUCUAAUCCACCAUCCUUCUCAAGCUAUGGGACCUUACCGUAUCCUCCAUCUAAGGUUGACGUCGCACUAGAAUGUGCAAGGUUACAGCACCGGUUGUCAUUGCCUCCCCUGGAGGUUCAAGAUUUCCCUCAAGUUGGACUCACCGACUAUAAAGUCAUGCGAACGACUCCAAUGCGUGAAAGCCAACAUGAAACUGAUAUUUUGCGGGAAAUUCUUUCAGUUGCUCAUGCUUCUCAGGAACUCAUAAAUCCAACCGGCCAUCAAGAUGCUUGGGGCGGCAGUUCCAGUAAUGCCAAUGAUUUCACCUUCAUGACUGCCGAUGAUUACAUGAGUAGAUACUCGUUAGAAGAAUCCAGUACAAGGUCGAUAGACAUAAGUGAGGUGCACCUGGGAGAUCUCAAGGCGGAGAGAAUGGUUGAAAAUUUGAGAUGGGUGGGAAUGUCGAGCAAAGAUAUGGAACAGUAUUGUUUUAUGGAAGAAACCAAGAUUGUUCCCAUAGAAAACAUUUCGAGCUUUACACGAAACGAAUGCAAUGGGAUUCAAGGAGAAAGUGGAUAUAAUCAUAACUGUGAUGGAUUCAUCGACACGAAGAUCAAUGAUCCCGAAAUCGAAGAUUUUCCACAGGGAUUCAUGGAUGAUGACCCGAAUGAGCACUUUUUAGACGAGGGCAAUAUCGACGAUCUGACAAGCUCACCAAGCUUUGAGGUUGUUGAGGACAUCAAAAUUAAUCAUGGAAUGUUCGUUUCAACUAGGCAAGUUGCCGAGACCUUCUUUCACCAGAUAGUGCCUUCUCAAACAGUUAAGGUUCACCAAAAUCCAGUGCUAGCAACUAGCUUCGUGCUGGGCAAAGCAGAGUCACAUGAGACAAGAUAUAAUAAAGGAAAUUCUUUCUUUAGAAAGUUCAACGCAUGUGCCAGUGGAAAGUUCAUGGAAAUCAUCACCUUCACAGAGCCAUGCAAGAAGACAGCAAGUGCCUUCCUUUGGAUAGUUGUGCUUCUUUUAAUGCAUGGCUUUUAUCUUGAGGAAGACAUCACAAAUGAGAAAUUAAUGGACGGAUUAAGUGCAAAGGAAACCAAGGAGAAGGCACUUACAGUUAUGUCAAUCACUGGUAAACCAAGAACAAAGUGGAACAAGAAGAAAGAAAAAUAUUCGUUGGUUAAAGCUAGCACUUGGAAUGAUUUUGGCUGGCUUUUGACAAAGUUAGGGUUUUUUCUCACCAUCUCUUUGGUUCUGUGUACAUUGUUAGCAAGCACGUUGUACUAACUCUCCUGACUUAUGUAUUAUUGAUAGUUGUAGUUGUAAAUUGGGAAGGUAGAAGGAAGCCUUUUCCAAAGUUGAAGACAUUCAUCUUAGAUAUAUGUAAUGUUUUAAUUCUGAUAGAUAUUAUACCAAUAAAUGUAAUCCUCUUCGGUUUA